AUGCCAAACUCUCUUAGAUGGUGUAAACUGUGUGAUAAAAUUGAUGCGAAAACCAAAGUAAAAUAUCUCACAAUUCGUUCAGAAGUUGUUGAAAAUAAAUUGAAGUGUGGCUAUUUGUAUGUAAACAACUGUGAAUUUACUGGAUCGUUACUGGAAUACACAGGUUCACAAAACAUGUUACGUCAAGCUUUUGAGACAACAGUGCAAUUUAAUACAACCAUCGCUUAG